UAUGAGAAGGUGGACUUCCUCGACGCCUCUGUGAUGACAGACGUUUUCGAGUUCGGGGAAGAGGACGACGCCUUUCCCGAUGGGAGCCGCUGCGGGCCGAGAGCUCUCGGGCCCACGAGAGGCCGGAGCAGGCUGGUCCGCAGUGGCCACCGCCCAAGCGGGCCAUGUCAAGCGGGCCAUUUUCGGUGCAUUCAGUCCAGGUGUCUUGCCUCGGGCGCCAGGUCUAGUCGAUCUAUUUUCGCGGAGCUGCGAGGACUCGUGCGGGCAAGGCUCGAGGUGCAGAGCUCCGCGGCGGGAGGCGACCGCGCGGCCCUCGUGGAGGGCGCCGGCCUGCCGUGCAGCAGCAUCGACGAGUCGUCCUCAGCAGCACGUGUUGGGAGGAAAGUGGUGCACGAUGUGGCGGGGGGCGGUGGCCGCAGGGGUUUCCUGCCGGCCAUGAUUUCUCUUUAUUUUCAGCCUUUCUUUGGUUUUUUUCGUUGGCGGGUGCAGGGGCGGCGGCGGCGGCCGGCGCGGCGGCGGAGGCUGGCAGGCUGGCCGCCGGGAUGCUCACGGCGCCGCCCUACCAGUUCGCGCAACCGCCUGCCGAACUCCCACUGUAAUCAGCGGAAGCUAUAG